AUGGAAGAAACAGUGAAUCGUAUCCUACGGCUAUUGCAAAGCGAUGACUUUUCAGUGGAUUUUCUCAUCAAAUUUAUCACUCUUACGCUACCUAGACUUCGAAAUCAACAAAAUGUUUCUUUAGUAUUUGGAAGAUUAUUACACUGCGAACCAUUUUGGCGAUCAAAGGAGAAUGUUCCUGACAAUUUGUUAGCCCUCAUUUAUGGUUUAAUAGAAAAUCAAGCAACUUUCGCCAGUGAAUUGGGAAGCACUAGGGUGUUGCAACUUUUGGUGGAAACCUUCGAAAACAUACCGAAUAAUCAAGAUAGGAUUGUUUCAAGAAAACUUUUGCUGAUGAGUGCUUUGUAUAGAGCCUUAAAUUCGAGUUCACAUUUUCACUUGCGAUAUGCUUUGGAACGAAAAGUAAAGAAACCACUUAGAACAACAAUUCAAAGCGUACGUCUAAAUGAAUUAGAAUCUUUUCAAAUUAUCCAGAUCCUAUUUAAAAAUUUUGGCUCUGAACUCGGAGUGAACUGGAUUUGUCUAUCGCUCUUUUCACAUCCUCUUGAUUGGUAUUCCAUAACUUGGAAUGCACUUUCUUUGGCUUUUUUGGACAGUGCUGAGACUGCAAUUUUGCCAGCAACUGUGUUAUCUCGCUUAAUUACUCACUUUUCGCAUAGAACGCUGGAAGACUUGUUGGAAAGACUAGCUCAUUUAGCUGUUCAUUUGAGGAAUGUCCCAAAUGUGAUGUCUUCAGUUUCUCAAAGAAGAUCGAUUUUUUUCAUAUUUGUUAUCUUGCUAGAGGCGAUUAGUCUGAAUCAGUUUGCAAAAACUGACUUUAGUAGCAGAGAUCAGAAUUUAUGUCAGCGUAUGCUUCUUCUGUUAAGUGAAUUAGAAUGGGGAUUUCAAUCUGUGUCUUCCUCUUGGUCUACCUUGGAUUUUAUUUUUGCAGUUGCGUUGACGAGGGGUAAACAUAUGGUUGCUCCAAAUAUAGAAAACGUCAGCCAGGUGCUACAUCGCUGGAUUUUAAAACGGGAAGAAUUGGAUAUUAGCAAGCUUUCAGGAAUUCCACUUUCGUACACUUUGCUUCUUAUCAAGCAUCUGCAAAAGCUGAGAAUCAAACAACUUUUAUCCAGCGAGGUUCCCAAUAUUCCAUUCACAAAAUCAACAAUGGAACUGAUUGAAAAAAUAUCGAAUUGUUGUUCGUUUUUGUGUCACGUCCUAAAGCAGAAUUCUGGAGAAUCCCUUUCUAAUAGGUACUUGCUAGAACUCUGUCUAUACAUUUCUCUAUUCGCAAAUGAUAUUUCGGCUGAUUCUACCGAUUCUUCUUCUAUUACUGAACAAGAAAGGAUCAUGAUUCAUCUCGAUUGCAUAUUCAACUUUACCCUUCUACCGGUUCCUGAAUAUGAUUUGCAGGAUAUUUUAUGCUCUAAAUUCCAGUUGUAUAACCAAUCUACCAAAAAAAUUUUUCUGAAACACCUAUUUUCUAUGAUCAAGCGAAAGAUUGUUUCGAAUUUGGAAAACUCACAUCUUCUUUUGAAAGCAUCCAUAGGCCUACUACCCUUCCUUGGUGAAUCAGAGCAACGCGAAUGCCUUCAGCAACUGCAAGUUGUAAUUGAAAGACUCCAAAGAGAGUAUCAGGACUCCAUAAUCCUUCUUAUUACCAAACAACUUUCUACUCUUUCAUAUCCCCAUGCCUCAUCUUUGCUUCCCUACUGGGCUUCUUUGCUGAUUUCUCCUGCUCGAUGA